GUUAUGUUUCCUUCUCCGCUUUUCUAGUUUCUCCUGUCUUCCAGGCGCAGCCAGCCCGUUCUCGACUUCUCUAAUGUGUUGGAAAUCUUUUGGAAUAUAAAGCUCACACAUAUCAGAAAGUUGGAAAAGUGUGGAUAAUCUGCGUCGUUGAAGCGGCUGGAAGAUGAAGUGUUUGCGGAUUUUCCUCCCAGCUCUGCUUCUUAUCGCCGGUUUGGCAACAAUUCUGGCUGAUUCCACACCUGAGCACGUGUGUGAGAGAAAAAAUGGAACGAGCUGUGAGGAGUGUCUAAGAAAUGUGACUUGCCUGUGGUGCAUCAAGACAAAGCAAUGUUUAACAUAUCCGGUGCAGACCAUCCUUCCUCCACAUUCCCUCUGCCCACUAGAUGAUGCCCGCUGGGGGCUCUGCUGGAUGAACUUCCAGAUAUUGAUAAUCACGCUGUCUGUGCUCGGUGCGGUUCUCAUCAUUGCUUUCAUGGUCUGCCUGUUCUGUUGCUGCAAGUGCGAGAACUUUGGAUCCGGUCGAUUUGAGGCCAAGAUGAUGAGACAAGCCAAUAAAAAUAAAACCAAGCAGGAGGAAAGGAGAGCAGAGAUGAAGCAGAGACAUCAGGAGAUCAGGCAGAAAUAUGGACUGAAUGGGCCAAACCCAUAUGCAAGAUUUUCCUGAGAUCCACAUGCGGAAGUUUUUAAGCAAAAAGCACAGCUCCUGAUUUGUAGCUUUGUCUAUCUGCAGUGAAUCCAAUAUCUGAUGGAAACUUAAACGAUGAAAUUUUAAAGAAGUUUUCCGUAGGCAGCCUGCCUUUUGAUGAUCAAAUCUGUUCACUGAAAUUGGAUACAUGGCUGCAACGGGAAGCCAGGAAAGGUUUUUUUUGUUUGUUUGUUUUUUUUUUCUCUGGUUCCUAAUACUAUUAUUAUUGUUAUUUAUUAGUACAUAGUGAAAUUGUUUAAAAUCAAAGUUAUUUUAGAUUUUAAAGGUAAAUUUCUUCUGCCUAAGAAAACCUGUAGGUUCACAGUUUCAGUUGCUGCUGAUUUUGAAAUGAUAAUUAAAGUUUCUUUUUAAUGACUUUUCUGGUUAUCUCUGUUAUAUCUUACAGCCAUAAUGAUUAUAAUAUUGCUUGUUCCUGUGGGAAUUUUUACAACAAUUCAUAACUAAAGUGGUGUGAAACUGAUUCGUUUUAGUUCAUAAUCAUAACUAUUUCUGCAUAGUAUUUUACUGAGGUUUAUGUAUCAUUAAUUUACAAUUCUAUUAAAUAAAAUAUUUUAGACUGC